AUGAAAUUGCUCCUUAUAUCUAUAUUGGUCAAGUUCAUUGAAUGCAGAAACUAUUCUUUCAGUUCUAAUGAUGAUGACGAUAGCGACAGUGACAGCGUAAUUGGUCCAGUUUUUGCCAUUUGCUUUGGAUUUGGAAUGAUAGUAGCGGCAUUUCCUUGCUUAUGGUUUAAUGAGAGGAGAAUGGCCAUAUCUGAAACAAGGUUGUUAGCUGGAAGAAGAGCUUGUAAAUCAGUCAACGCAGCUGAAGUAGACCCUCGAAUGGAAGAUCAAUUGAUUCAUGUCAAAGGAAAGUUAACCACAAACGACCUUAUCAUUGAUCCUCAAUUUAGAUUGGAACUUGGAAACUGUGUAAAACUGAGAAGGAAGGUCGAAACUUAUUAAUGGGUUCAAAAAUCAAGAGAGGAAGGUAGCAAAAAGAAUAAGAGAACUGUGUAUUACUAUGAAAGUGAAUGGUCAUCCAAAAUCGAAGGAUCAUAUCCUAAUCAUGAGAACAGACGUGAAGAUUUAACAGUCUAAGAACAGGAGUUGACAGCUGAAAAUGUCUACAUUGGAGCUUAUAAACUAACCGAUUAUCUAAAGAGCAAGGCAGUAGAUUACGUAUAAGUAGACUCCAUUUCACAAUAACAAUGUGAAGCAGCUAAAGUUGCAUUUUAAAGCAGAACUCAAUAAUAUAUAUUUUUUGAUGGGAGAUAUAUUUAGUUUAGAAAAUCUGAGAAUUCAUAAUCAAUAGGUGAUCAACGAGUUUUAUUUGAGAAGGUUCCUUGCAAUUAUGCUGCCAUUGUAGCAAGAUAACAUAAGGAAUCAUUCAAGCCAUAUUUAUUUAAAGAUUCAUUUUCAGAUGAUGUCAAUUAGGAUUAUGCUAAAAAUCCUGAUAUGUUGAAGAGUUUCAAUAGAUUCCAUGAAUUGAGUGAAGAGGAACAACCACUUAAUUAAAUCGAUCCAUCAUCAGAAGUGUCAUCCAAUAUUUUCAAAUCCUAUGAAGCCCCCUUGAAUUACAUCAACUGGUACUUCAACAGAAGUUUCACUUUAGAUCAAUGUUUCUAGUCUUAGCUAAGCAAGUUGGUUAGAAUGGUCUGGUUGUGUAGAGUUGGAGGAUUUUUUAUGUUUUUAUUUGGAUUUGUGUUGUUGUUCACUCCAAUAACGACCCUGUUAUAUUACAUUCCAUUGUUGGGUGGUUUCUUAUCGAAAUUGACUGGAAUAGUGUUGGCUUUCUUGAGUGGAAUGAUAUCUAUGCCAUUAACUUUAGGUACUAUCGGAAUUGCUUGGCUCUAUUACAGACCAAUCAAGGGUUUGAUUUAUUCUUCUAUGGCCGUGAUAUCAGGAGUAGCAUGUUACAGAUAUAUUAUGAGCUAUUGA